GGUAACUACCGAACUCAGCUAAAGGGGACUGGGUGUUCUGAGUUACUUGUAAAUUCAUUGAAGUCCAAAGCCCCAGAGGAUGCCUUGCCAGCAAAAAAAGUAAAGAGACCAAAGAGAGGAGAAGCUAACCAUAUACCCGACAUUCCAACUGGAGAGACUCGAGAAAAACUGGAAAAUGAGAGACAUUCACUUUUAACAGAAGUAAAGAAACGAGACAAUCGUGCAGUUGUAAAGGACAAAAUGGCCAAAACCUUUUCACUGCGAAGACAAGAAAUUGUGGAAAAGGAAUUGGGAGUUGAAGAGUUGAUAGAAAGAUGGCCUGCAUUGUUCACAGAGGAUGAGAUCAAUGCUGAAUUUCUCAGGAUUACAACUGUUCCACUUCAGACAAGAUUCCUGGCAUCUUUGGACAACCACCACAUUAAACUGAUCGAGCUCUUCAGAAGGAAGGGAGGAGUUAUCAGAGAGAAGACCCAGAAGAUACUUAAAGUUCUUGAUCUGAGCCUUGAAGUCAAUAUGAAAAGAGAGUGUCUGCUGAAGUGUCUAAUUCUCUACUUCGGAGAAGACCUGGACCAACUCAUUAAGGAGUAUCUGGUUGUCCAGAGGGAUGAAGCUGAAACAGAGCUUGCAAGUUCCACAAUGGCUGUGUUCGUCAUCAGGGAAGAGGGUGAUUCUCUCCAACCACCACAUGACAUUGGUGUAGUCAUUGAAGGUGUGAAAGUCCUGAACAGGUUGCCAUCAGUCGCACAUGCAUGUGCCAUGUUAUUUGGCCUAAUUUAUGUGCUGAACUUGAGCUAUCCAGGUGAGCUGGAACACACCUUUGAUGCACUACAAAAGUUAUUUAUGGAGAUUGAACCAAAGAAAAUGACGCGCAAAGUUCUCAGCCUCAGUGUUAAGCUGUGAAAGUAAAGUAGCAAAGAGAAAUACAUUUGAAUACAUUGUAUUUGGUUCUGUUGUAGAGCUUGUACUCAAAUACAUUCCAGGUUAAUGAAUUACUGUUCAAUGAAAAACACUUUAAACUGAUGUUAAACUCAAUUUAUUGUGAAGUUGUUUUGUGGUGUAGAUACUUGGGCACAUCGUUAACAUUAACUUUUAAACAGUUUUACAGUUAUUAAAGGCUAUUGCAUUACAUUUCUCAGGUUUUACAUAUUUUACUGUUUCAUUGAUUGGUAAUGUGCUCAAUAU